AUGGCCGAUCCGCCCGGCCGACGUCGAUCCUCCAUCUCGGAGCAAAUCCAGCGAGUCUUCAGCGUCGAUCGUUCAGACAAGGUAUGUUUUUCAGACAUUGCCAGAGCACACUCUUACUGGUUCCAGAAACGUAGGAGCGUUCAAAGUGAGUUUGGCUUGUCUGCUGUGCUCGCUCAGCCGAAAGAUGGACGCGAGAAGUCAGAGGCGACCAUCAGCCCCGAGGCGCCCGUACAAUAUGGGCAGGAUGAGACUAGACCCAGCUCAUUUACUUACUCUCAAAACUCGGGGUUGCCAUCUACAGCCACUCCUCACUCAACUCCCCCAUUCCGACCUGUGAUCUCCGUGGACCCUACGUCACCGCAGGUGGCUUCCGAAGCAAAGAAGCGUAACGCUGAAGAUAUCUGCAAGUCUCCUACAUGGGACAGUGGUCGUAGAGAGAGACGUGCCACCAAACGACUGGAGGCCGAGAGAAAGGAGCUCGGACAGCGUCUCCUCAGGCUGGAAGAGGCCCAGUCCAAACUGGACCAGGGCGUCUUCGACCGAAAUUCCCGCCGCUUGACGAAGAAACAGCCACUGGACAGCGCAAGCCGGUCAUCUAGUGCGGAUAGAGAAGGAAGAAGAUCGUCAAGUGUCUUUUCAGGAAUCUUCUCGAGAUCACGACGAUCAUCUCGGUCGCGCGCAAACUCCAAAGACUCGGAGUCCCGGCGUCAGUCGAGCGAUUCUCCUCCGACAUUGCCCUUGACACUUCCGGAACGCUUCGGUGCUGCUGUAUCCAGAGAGCUGGCCAUUAAACAUGGAACCAACCUGGUACCAUCUCACCAGAUGGAACGAACAGUUCACGCACUUCAUGCCCUUCACUCUUCACCCAAGUCGGACGACCUCCGAGAGAACUGGAAGAUGGCUGAAGCCUGGCAGAGGAGUAAUGGGACCCAUGAUUCGGGCCCUCCAAGGAUUGCGGCCUACAAACCAGGGAUCAGUGGGAUGGGUCAGCUUAUAUCUGAGAAUGUUUCACGCAAGGAUCAACCUCAGCCACACGUCCAUGCAACGGAGCUUUCAGCAGACCUGGACCGCGAGACAUUUACUGCGACGCUCAGGCAUGACAGAAGACCCGUGGGGAACAAGGCUAUUUCAAACUCGCAGGGAACGAUAAUGACGCGCCCAAAGAUGCCCUCAAGGGAUCGGGCGCAAAGUGAAGCCAACCUGCAUGCCCCUGACGCCAUAUUUACCAGAGUCACUACAGCACGCCAACUACAUGAUCUUGUACCACCAGAGGUUCUGCAAGGCCCAUACAAGUCCUUCCAGUCCUCAAUUUCGACACCGGCAAUCCCGAAAAGCAAACAUCACAAGAAAAACCGAAUUUCUCCUGGCUUGCAGGCAACCCCAAAGUCUUUCAAAUCCUCUCCGCUCUCAUUGAGCCCGUUUACAACUGAUGAUCCCGGAGGAACAGAGAACAAUAACAUAUCAAGGGCUCCGGAAGUGCAGAAUAGGGACCCGUCAAUCAUUCCACCACCAUUACAAAUCCAGGUACAACGCCAGAAUGAUGAGUCAAGAGGAAGAAGUCGACAGGUGGUGUCCGUUUCUCCCACCAAGAUUGUUCAGAGCUAUCCCAAGAAUACUAGUCGCAGUGAGCACCAGCAGUCCAUUCUAGGACCAGCACUCCCGUCUGGGAACAGUGGUGGCCAACAGAAAAGCUGGCACCCAAGACCACCAUCAACAGCGAAGGAUGCCCCGCCAACGCAGGCCUCUGAAGAAGCCAAGCCACGUUGCAAUGAUGGACCUCCUCUGCCGAUUAAACACGCAGGCCGGAAUUCUUCUCUCGGUAACAGCUCUCCAAAGUCAGUAAACCCUGAGAGCCAAAAGGAAGCCAGCGUCACAACAGACGCACCGGCCAAUCCCUCAUCUGAACCCAGUGGACAAAAUCAGUGCAAUACGGAAGAGGUCCCAGAGAGCAAACCCGUUUUGAGAUGCUUGAAUCCACCAGUACGCAGCCGCGCAUCAUCGCAAAGCUCUUCGCAAGCAAGUUAUGAUACGGCCGAUGAAGAAGUACUCGACCUCUCCAAGGCCCUCCGGAAUCAUAUAAAGGCUAAAGCCCAGUCAGAGACAACCCUAUUGACGCCGACACAGGAGGGCUCUACAUCAGAUCAACGGCUUUCCAAUGAUAUGGCCUCGCAAAUUAACACUGCGCCGCUUGCUCAUGAUAUCUCUCUCUUCACGUUGCGAAAAAGACCUAAGCAAAAGGCCAAGGCACCACUGCCAGAGCAACUCAUUGCUAAGCUGUUUGUCAUUUGCUGCCAUUGCAGGUACUGGCACGACAUGCCAUCGGAGGUAUACGCAAAGCUCGCAUGCCCCGAACGACUCCCCUCCGAGUCUCUUCUAUCACGAACCUUCUCUCGCCGAAACUCAUCCCGUCGCAAAGCCUCUCUGAGAAAAUCGUUACUGUCUUCAGACCCGCCUGACACUCGACGAGAUUUGACUACAGAGAGAAAGAGUCUCGACGAAGACUUGCAAUCCAGUCGCCAGACUCAAGCAGCGGCUGGGAUGCCUUUGACACCACCUUCGUGCUGUUGGUGUGGACACGGCAUGAGCCGAACCUGCUGCCAGGGAUGGACGACACUUGUACAGAUGGGUGAGAGACAUCAUUGA